AUGGGCUGCUCAUCCUCUAAUCCCCCCUUUCAACGCUCCUCUCCGGCCGCGCACUUGAGCCGCCGCCGGUCUGUCGCAUCCUCUCCCUGCGCAGCGCUGCAUGGCAACGGGAGGAGGAGGAAGAGGAGGAGGAGGCGGCGGCUCGGGCUGAGGGAGGGUACCUCGGUCCCACGUGUCCUCCUCACCGCAGCAGACCCAACGCAUCUCUCUCCGCUCGCUCUUCCCCUCCGUUUCCGCAUACCGCAGAUCCGCACCGCCGCAUCCCAAACACCAGGACGCACCGGCGCAGCGUUGCGGAGCGAUGCGCCCGCGGUGCGCACUCCUCCCCUGUCCCUCUCCGCUGCCUCGCUGAUCGGCCUGCUAUCGAUCCCGCUCCGCCGCAGUAAUCCGGGGGAAUAUGUGAAGAUCAUGCAGGCGGUGUGGUGCUUCAUGGUCUUUGCUGCAGUGGGCGAGAGGCUUUCAGUCUCAGGUGUGGACAGGAGCCCGGUGCAGGAUGGAGGCAUGUGGGACUGGUUCUCCCCGAUGGGAAGCCCGGACGGUGGGGACGCCGCCGCCGAGAUCACGUAUCCAAAGCGGCUGGUGCAGCAGAUCAAGUCAGAAGAGGAGAUGGCUCAUGACUUGUUGGAUACCAGGGUGAAGAAGAACAGCACCGGGGACACACUGCCCGUCCACUUGGCUCAGAGCUGCUUCCAAGUCGAAGCCUUCGGACGCACCUUCACUCUGGACCUGGAGCUCAAUCAUCAUCUCCUGUCUUCAGAAUAUGUGGAACGGCACUUUAACCAGGACGGCAGACCCCUGCAGUCUGUGGGAGGAGAGCACUGCUACUACCAGGGCAGGCUGAGAGGUUUGCCACAGUCCUGGGCUGCUGUCUCCACCUGCCACGGCCUCUGUGGCAUGUUCUCCGACGGCUUCUUCUCGUAUGGGAUUGAGCCGGUUCACAAUGCGAGCAAUCAGGAUGAUGGUGCUCACUUAAUCCGCAGGAUGCCUGAUAUCAGACUUUCCCCCGACUGCCCAGACUGCGCUGAGGACAGCGAGUGGGACAACGGAGGAGGUGAUGACGACAGACCGGACCAAAUGAAGGAGCAGCAGCAGACGUCUGCAGGCCUGAGGAGAUCCAAGAGAUCUCCUCGAAAACCCCCCGUCCAGACCGAGACCAAAUAUAUCGAGCUGAUGGUGGUCAACGACAACGACAUGUUUGUGCAGCUGCGCAGCUCGAGCAGCCAAACCAAGAACUUUGCCAAAGCUGUGGUCAACACUGCAGAUACGAUCUAUCAGGAACAGCUGAACACGAGGAUCGUGCUGGUUGCCAUGGAGACCUGGAACUCUAAAAAUAUGAUGCCGGUAGUGGAGGACCCAUUGAUAACGCUGCAGAACUUCAUGAAGUACAGGAAGGACAACAUCCGAGAGCAGAGCGAUGUCGUCCACCUUUUCUCAGGGCGAACGUUUCACAGCAGCCGCAGUGGGACGGCGUAUACAGGUGGAGUUUGUUCUCCAACAAGAGGAGGAGGAAUCAAUGAGUACGGGAGCGUCGCUGCGAUGGCCAUCACUUUGUGCCAGAGUCUGGGCCAGAACAUCGGCAUGAGGUGGAACAACGCUCGAGCUUCUGCAGGAGACUGCAGGUGUCCGGACGCCUGGGUGGGCUGCAUCAUGGAGGACACCGGGUUCUAUCUGCCCAGAAAGUUUUCGCGCUGCAGCAUCGAUGAGUACAUCCAGUUCCUGCUCCAGGGCGGAGGGAGCUGCCUCUUCAACAAGCCCAACAAGCUGUUGGACCCUCCAGAAUGCGGGAACGGCUUUGUGGAAGCAGGGGAAGAGUGUGAUUGUGGAUCCCAGGUGGAGUGUGCACGUAGCGGAGGAAACUGCUGUAAAAAGUGCACGCUUACCCACGAUGCCAUGUGCAGUAAUGGACUGUGCUGCAGUGGCUGCAAGUACGAGCAGAGAGGUGUGGUGUGUCGAGAUGCUGUGAAUGACUGUGACAUCCCAGAAACCUGCACUGGAGACUCCAGCCAGUGCCCUCAUAAUGUCCACAAGCUGGACGGCUACAUGUGUGAUACCAGCCAGGGCCGAUGUUACGGUGGGCGAUGCAGGACUCGUGAUGGACAGUGCAGAGGACUCUGGGGAUACAAUUCAGCAGACAGAUUUUGUUAUGAGAAGCUGAACGCUGAAGGAACAGAGAAAGGAAACUGUGGUCCGGGUCCUGAAGGCCAAGGCUGGCUGCAGUGCAACAAGCCGGAUGUUCUGUGCGGAUUCCUGUUCUGUGCCAACGUGACGACGAAGCCAAAGUUUGGAGACCUGCAGGGUGAAGUGACCAGCUUCACCCUCUACCACCAGAACAAGUACCUGGACUGCAGAGGAGGCCACGCUCUGCUGGAGGACGGCUCAGACCUGGGCUACGUGGAGGACGGGACUCCCUGCGGUCCCAACAUGAUGUGUUUGGAGAGACGCUGCCUCCCAGUGGCGGCUUUCAACCUCAGCACGUGUCCAGGAUCCAACUUCGCACGCAUUUGUUCUGACCACGGGACCUGCAGUAAUGAGGUGAAGUGUAUCUGUGACAGGGACUACACGGGGAAGGACUGCAGCGUCUUUGAUCCGAUCCCGGAGCCGACGGUCCCGACGGGCCCGGAGAAGAAAGGUCCCAGUGGCACCAAUAUCAUAAUAGGGUCCAUCGCAGGUGCUAUUCUCCUGGCAGCUAUAGUCCUAGGGGGAACAGGAUGGGGAUUUAAGAACAUUCGAAGAGGAAGAUCUGGUGGAGGAUAAGAUCUGUCUGUCUUUCUGUCUCUGUGUCUCGUCCACUCCCGUCUUCCUCCUCGCACUGUGUCG